ACCUAAUAUACAGAGCAUUAUCUAAUAUGAAUCUUGACGAUGAUAAUGAUUAUGAAGAAGAAAAACAACCCACUAGUGAAGAAAUACAAGAUGAUGAAAUUGAGGAAUUAUUGAAUAUUGAUGUAGCUGUUUUUAUGAAUAGUUUAGAUGAAAUUGUUUUUAAUGCUAACUUUGAAUUUUCUGAAGAGGAAGAUAUUAAUAUUCAAAAUAAUGAUGUCGAGAGCAAUGUUGAUAAGAGAAAUUGA